AUGACGCAUGACAGGGGAACCCUGGAGGUGCCAAGGAUGAGAGGAGAGGGGGACAGACUCCGAACUUUUGAGAGCUGGCCGGUGGAUGCACCUGUCACCUCUGGAGCCCUGGCCAAGGCUGGGUUCUUCUUCCUGGGCCCUGGAGAUAAGGUCCAGUGUUUCUGCUGCGGGGGCAUCUUGAGAUGCUGGGCGCAAGGAGACAGCCCGGCCGCGGAGCACCAGAGGCAUUUCCAAACCUGUGCGUUCUCCCUGGGUCGACCUGUGGGGAAUGUGCCACUCCUAGCCGGGUCCUCAGACUCUGUGGACGGCCAGCUGUUGAGCCAGCUCCAGAGGAUGACCAUGGAUGACCAGGGGACCGCAGGGCAGGCGGUCUACCCGGAGAUGGAGGCGGAGGAUACCCGGCUCACCACUUUCCACAACUGGCCCACGGAGGCUUCGGUCCAGCCAGAUGUUCUCGCACCAGCUGGAUUCUUCUACACAGGUCACGGCGACAACGUCAAAUGCUUCUACUGCGAUGGAGGGCUGAGGAACUGGGAGCUGGGAGACGACCCCUGGCAGGAGCACGCCAAGUGGUUUCCACGAUGUUCAUUUUUGAUCCAGGAGAGAGGGCAGGAUUACAUCAGCAACAUACAGGAUUCUCAUUUCCAUCUGGGGGACACGGUGGGAGGAUCACAGACCUCCACAGGCAGAGACAUCGUUCCAGAUGUGGUCGGCGGUCUGGCAGCCUCCUCCGCCAUGCUCUCCCCGGUGGUGCAGACGGUGCUGCAGAUGGGCUUUGAGGCCGGCAUGGUGGAGAGUCUGGUCCAGACCAAGUACCUUCUGACGGGUCAGCACUACACCUCCGUGUCCGACCUGGUCACCGACGUGCUGCAGGCGGAGCAGGAGGAGAGACAGAGGGGGUCACAGAGCGGAGAGCCGGAGACGAGGCAGAGCUCCAGCACUGCGACCGUGAGGACACAAACACCCAUCAGAGAGAAAGUCAAGGACCCGGGCCCAGAGGAGCUGCUCCGUCAGCUGCAGGAGGAGAGGACCUGUAAGGUGUGCAUGGACAAACUGGUGUCCAUCGUCUUCAUCCCCUGCGGUCAUCUGGUGGUGUGUGGCGACUGCGCAGCCAGCCUGCGUCACUGCCCCAUCUGCAGGGCCGUCAUCAGAGGCAGCGUCCGAGCCUUCAUGUCCUGAGGCUGCAGUCAGAAUCCACCGUUGUACAGGUGUUGAAUAGAAUGAGU